GCUUCCUUGUCUCCUGCCACAUUACCCGAGCGCGUCGUCCAAGAGCCCUUCCUCCAUUCCUCCGCCAGACUCGGAUCUACGUAUAUAUUCUCGCAGCUGGUAAGAAACGAUGCUGGAGCUCUGGAUAGUCACAACUUGCGCCAUUUAGUAAUUCUAAGCCGCUGUCCCUCUGCGGUCGCUACUCCUUACCGAUGUACAGGUCUCCAUGGUCAAUAGCAAGCCCGUCUGCAUAAUCAAUCUGUUCUUUCUCUGCAGUAGCCACCUCAGGAAUCUCGCUGACUUCUGGUCCGGAAAGAUACCGACAAGGAAGACAUGCGCUUACGGCUCGUUGACGACUCGGGAAUGUGUCCGUCUUGAUGACCUCAAUCGUCUUGAUUUGCGUUGCCGAGCUCGGGGACUACUAGAGCACGUUCCCCCUUGCCCUGAGUUGACUGACUGCAAUCGCGAUAUCCCGGAGAGAUCGACUGACCGGAUGCACACGUCACAUCUGAGACCCAAUCUCACGAACGCAGGCCGAGACCACCGACGCCGACGAGCACUCAUCGACGCCGAGGACGACGUACACAGUGCCCAAGCAUCCCAGCAAACGUCCAGCGCACACCACAAGCACACCUCGAGAAGGUCUUGGAAGUAUCGGCAGUCGCCCACGCCAGUGACAAAUUACGCCACCAUCGUUCCUGAUCACACUGUUCCUCCCGAACUGUCAAAAUGAAAAAGCUGUUGGCGCCCCUCUCCACCCACCACCAUCCUACCCCCAUGCAUACCCAUCUGUGAGCGCUAUCCCCCCUCCCUAUCCCCCUGGCAGCACGCGCCAUGAACAUGCAGCCCGGCUACGUCUGCUCGGACGACGAAUGGGAGCGAUAUCAGAACAAUGAUACCACCAUCUACUGCCUCUCGCGCGGGGAGAGCAUCGGGCUUAUGAUCACAGCUGAAUGCGGC